AUGAAUGAAAAAAUUAUAAGGUUUGAUACAAGGAAAAAUAACAGAAAUCGGAUUAUAGAAAAAAUCUUCAGUUAAAAUUAGAAGAAUUCCUUCAAUAGUGUUAAUUAUAAGAUUAAUGUUUAAGAUAUGUUAAAGAAAAUAAAAUUAAGAGAAGUUAGAAAUCAAUUCUCAAAUGAAUAUGAUUCUAAUUAUACUUGGAUUUCAAAAAUGUCUCCACAGCCGAGACGUAAAAAAUGCGUCCCUUAAAAUCUCAGGCUUGAAACUCUACGAAAUACGCAAAGAGAUACAUCAAUGAAAAAGACAUAUGAUGAGGAUAAAAUUUAUAAGCAAUAAUUUAGUUUGAAUUCGAAUACUAGAUUUACUACCAUUCCAAACCGCUUUGAUUCUAAAUAAACGAUUAUAGUAUCGCCUAUAACGAUUAAAGAUACUGUUCCUGUGAAAGAAUAGUCAAUUCUAGAGGAUUAAAUACGUCUCUUUAAUUAUAAUAACUUUAGUAAGUUUUCUAGUUGGUCUAGAAAAUCAUCAAAGAGUCUAAUAUGA